UCGGCCCCGCCCCCAGCUCCGCAGAAGGAAGACGUCCGUAAUGGCGGUGCGUUGGGGCAUCGUGUCGGCUGGCUUAAUCGCCAGAGACUUCACCACCGUGCUGAGCUCACUGCCUCCCUCGGAGCACCAGGUGGUAGCAGUAGCUGCGAGGGACCUGAACCGGGCGGAGGAGUUUGCACGGAAAUACAACAUCCCCAAGGCCUAUGGCUCCUACGAGGAACUGGCCAAGGACCCAAACGUGGAGGUGGCUUACAUCGCCACCCAGCACCCCCAGCACAAGCCGGCGGUACUCCUCUGCCUGGCAGCAGGCAAGGCUGUCCUUUGUGAGAAACCCAUGGGCGUGAAUGCAGCAGAGGUUCGGGAAAUGGUUGCCAAGGCCCGUUCUCAAGGUGUCUUCCUUAUGGAGGCCAUUUGGACCCGGUUUUUUCCUGCCAUGGAGACUCUGAGGGAAGUUUUGGUCCAAGGAAAGAUCGGAGACCUACGAGUGGCCCGGGCAGAAUUGGGGUUUGAUAUGAUAUCUAUUAUGCCCCGGGCCACAGACUGGAACCAGGCGGGCGGUGGUCUGCUGGAUUUAGGCAUCUACUGUGUCCAGUUUCUCUCCAUGGUCUUUGGUGCACAGAAACCAGAGAAGAUUUCAGCUGUCGGGAGGAUCUUUGAAACAGGAGUGGACGACACUGUCAGUGUGCUACUUCAGUUCCCAGGAGGGGUUCAAGGUAGCUUCACCUGCAGCAUCUCCUCCAACCUCCCCAACACAGCAUAUGUGACUGGUACCAAGGGCAUGGCCCAGAUUCUCGGAACAUGCUUCCCAACAGAGCUGGUGGUGAACGGAGAGCGGAAGGAGUUCCCUCCGCCUGACCUCGGGAAAGAGUUCCAUUAUGUAAAUGGAUCGGGCAUGCUCUAUGAAGCCAACCACGUCCGUGAGUGCCUGCGUAAAGGUCUAAAGGAGAGUCCUAUAGUUCCUCUGGCAGAGAGUGAGCUCUUGGCUGAAAUCCUUGAAGAGGCGAGGAAGGCCAUCGGAGUCACCUUCCCCCAGGAUAAAUGUUGAUGCAGCUCCUGGGGUGGAUAUGACAUGUUGCAGGGAUCCAGCCGGGCAGUGGUGGCGCACGCCUUUAAUCCCAGCACUUGGGAGGCAGACGCAGGUAGAUUUUUGAGUUCGAGGCCAGCCUGGUCUAUACAGAGAAACCCUGUCUCGGAAUGAAAGGAUAGAAAAUAAUACAGCCUAACUCUAAUGACCCUAAUAAAUCAGGAGUUUAAAAUGCUAUCUCGCUUUGUUAGAAACUAGGUAAAAGGUCACAUUCCAGAGCCUGCCCUUUGUUUAGACCUAGCAGAAAGGCCUUGAAUAGGUGAUCCUGGCCCCAUAGGGUAACUGAAAAUGGGCUAAGCUUAUCUUCACGCAGCUGUAGACACUAUAGGAAACUAAUUGGUCCACUGAGCGCGGGCUCCGAUAAUUUAAACUGAUUGGCCUAAAAACUAUGGAGUGGUACAAAUCAAUUGGCUCACAUUUCACGGGCUCUCCAUGCUAAGAAAUGAUUGGUUUGUGAUUCGCGGGCUCUGUCGUAAACUUAUAAAAGCUGUCGCAAUUUGGCACUCAGGGUCCAUAGUCCUCUGACCCUGCGUGGUGUACGGCUAUGGAACCCAGAAUUCUGGAAUAAAGAAAUCCUCAUGCUAUUGCAUUGA